AUGGAUAGAAACAAUGUGAACCAAAUGAUAAACGAAUAUUUUGCCGGUAUGGGGAACUUCUGUAGAAAUAAUGAAUUAACUAUGAUAUUAGUUAAAGAGGAACCGGUUGAUGACAUUUUAGAAGAAACAAAUGAUCAAGACAUUUAUAUAAAAAAUGAAUCUAACGAAUUUGGCAAAAGUAAUCCAAUAUACAAUCAAUAUGAAGAUAAUGAAUAUAAUGAAAUCAAUGAAAACAACGUAUGUUGUUUUGAACUUAAUAAUGAAUCUGUUCAAGUACAGGGAGGGUUCCAAAGACAAACCAUUGAGCAACAAUCCAAAAUAGCUAAAGAAGUUGAAACAAAAAAACUUAAGGAAGCCGAAUUAAGAAAAAAUAUUGUUGUUGAAGAAACAGAAAUAAAAUCAUUAGAUAAGAGAUCUACUUUGAAGAAAGUGAAAGAACCAGGAAAUAAUCGAUCAUUUGAGCAACCCGAUUUGGUAAAGAAUUAUGUAGUUAUUCGUCCUGUACAUUUUAAGAGAAUCAAUGAGCAUGUAGAAAAUGAUACAAAUAUAGAACGAGAAUUGAUUGAAAGUAGAAAAGCGCCUACAAAUGAUGAUUUUGAAAAAUUUAAUCUAAAAGAACCCGGAAUAAGGAAGUAUAUGGGAUCUGAAGGAAAAACCUCUAAAGAAAUAGAAACAAAUUCAACUGAAGUUAAGAUGAUCACUAAGACAAGGGGACUAAAGGUUGAAGAAAAGCUUUAA